CACCAAACAUAGAUAGAAACUUGAAACUAGCAUUAAAGAUGAGCAACAACAAUUCAGCAAAGAGUCCUAUGAUCGUCUCGUUCGGCGAGAUGCUUAUCGAUUUCGUGCCCGACAUCGCCGGUGUUUCUUUGGCCGAAUCUUACGCUUUCAUCAAAGCUCCCGGCGGCGCACCUGCUAAUGUUGCAUGUGCCAUCGCUAAGCUCGGAGGCAAUGCUGCCUUCAUCGGCAAGGUCGGAGACGACGAAUUCGGUCACAUGUUGGCGAAUCUGUUGAAGAAGAACGGAGUGAACAGCGAAGGGAUUUGCUUCGACAAAGACGCGAGGACCGCAUUAGCAUUCGUCACGCUCAAGACCGACGGGCAAAGGGAAUUCAUGUUCUAUCGGAACCCUAGCGCCGACAUGCUGUUGAAAGAGUCCGAAUUAAAAUUAGAUCUCAUCAAACAAGCCAAGAUUUUCCAUUACGGAUCCAUAAGUCUGAUAUCGGAGCCCUGCAGGUCGGCUCACUUGGCGGCCAUGAAAGCCGCCAAACAGGCCGGCGUUUUGCUUUCUUAUGACCCUAACGUUCGCCUGCCUUUGUGGCCCUCCCAUGAGGCUGCUAGGGAUGGGAUCAAGAGCAUAUGGAAUGAAGCUGAUUUCAUUAAGGUCAGUGAUGAUGAGGUGGAAUUUCUUACCAAAGGAGAUCCUCAAAAGGAUGAUGUCGUUCUGUCUUUAUGGAAUGACAAUUUCAAGUUGCUUAUUGUGACCGAUGGACCGAACGGUUGUAGAUACUAUACUAAGAAAUUCAAAGGAAAGGUGGAUGGUUUUCAAGUGAAAACCGUCGAUACUACUGGAGCUGGAGAUUCUUUUGUUGGUUCAUUUUUACUAUCCGUAGCCAAUGAUCCAAACAUCUUCGAUAAUGAACAGAAGCUGAGGGAUGCACUGCUGUUUGCCAAUGCUUGUGGGGCAAUUUCCACAACUCAAAAGGGAGCCAUCCCGUCACUUCCAGACAAGGCACAAGCUGAGAAGCUCAUCAAAGACUCUAAAUGAGUUACUGUUCUUUCCUAUAA